CACAAUAUAGAGAUGGGUGCUACUUUGAAAUUUAUCUUCAUGGAGCGGUUUGAAGUCAUUAAAAAUAAAAAAUAAUUUCAUCAAAGAGUUUGAGAAACACUUUCUAUCACAUGCGGAUCAGCAAUUAAUUAAAAUAAACGGAUUGACCUUGAAACCCAGCUUAUUUCUUUUCAUUAAAAAUUUGAAAUUUCGUAAAAAUGGUAUUGGAAUUUAAUGACGUUAAUGAAUUUCCUCAGCUCAUAGAAGAUCUUCGAACUUCCUUUGCUAAACAUCUUACAAAACCACUGGGAUAUCGUAAAAAACAACUCGAACAAUUAUAUAAUUUACUCGAUGAAAACCAAGAUGAAUUGUGUGAGGCACUGUAUAAAGAUCUGCAUAAAUCUAAAAUUCAGUCAAUGCUUUCAGAAAUAGGACUUGUUAGGGAAGAAUGUUUAGAAGCGCUUAAUAAUUUGGAUAGAUGGGCUUCUCCAGAAUAUGUCAAAACGAGUUUGAUGUUUAAGAUAAAUAAGUGUCAUAUUAAAAAAGAUCCUGUUGGUACUGUGCUCAUAAUCGGAGCGUGGAAUUAUCCUGUGAACGUCUUAUUAUUACCAUUAGUAGGGGCUAUCGCAGCUGGUUGUACUGCAGUAAUAAAACCAUCAGAAUUGGCAGCUAAUACUGCUGCAGUAAUCACAAAACUCUCUUCACAAUAUUUGGACAAAAAUGCUUAUCGAAUUGUAAAUGGAGGAGCCACUGAGACAAUGUCUUUAUUAGAAUAUCGGUUUGAUCAUAUAUUUUACACAGGUUCCGGGGCUGUUGGAAAGAUUAUUAUGGCAGCAGCUGCUAAGCAUUUGACUCCAGUUACUUUGGAAUUAGGAGGAAAGAGUCCAGUUAUUCUAGCUAAUGAUGUUGAUAUUCCUAUCACUGCUAAGAGACUCAUUUGGGGUAAAACUUUUAAUAAUGGGCAGACAUGUAUUGCACCAGAUUAUAUUCUUUGUACACGAGAAAUACAAGAAGCUUUAAUUAAGGAGAUGCCCAAAGCUAUCAAGGAUUCUUAUGGAAGCGAUCCGCAAAAUUCUCCAGAUUAUGGUCGUAUAAUUAAUCAACGACAUUUUGAUCGCUUGUCAAAUCUACUUUCACGAACCAGAGGAAAGAAAGUAAUUGGUGGCAACUCUGAUCGUGAUGACUUAUAUAUUGAACCAACUGUAGUUAGUGAUGUGCCCAAAGACGAUAGUUUAAUGCAGGAAGAAAUAUUUGGACCUAUUUUGCCUAUUGUUGUGGUUGAAAGCAUUGAUGAUGCCAUUAAGUAUAUUAAUGAAAGAGAUACUCCGUUAGCUUUGUAUCCAUUCAGUAAAAAUGACAAAACUAUAAAAUACAUUUUGGAUAACACACGGUCAGGUGGUACAGUUAUUAAUGAUACUAUGUUGCAAGGGUCUGUGCCAGCUCUUCCAUUUGGCGGAACUGGAAUGUCAGGCAUGGGAGCAUACCAUGGUCGUUACACGUUUGAUACAUUCACGCACAAAAGAAGUGUAAUGAGUUCACCAUUAGCAAUUGAAAAGUUAUUAGCAAGCAGAUACGCACCGCACAAAAAAUCCGACUUCAAAUUUGCAAGUUAUUUUAUGUUCUCUAAACCUAAGUUUAAGAACAAAAAUUAUCAGGGAAGUGACGGAGUGCUAAAUUUUAAAAAUGUAAUUUUAAUUGUAUGUAUGAUAUUAAUUGCUUAUAUUGCUUUUAAUGAAUUAUCGAAUUGAGUUUGAUUUUAAAAAAGGAAAAGUUAUUUAGAUUUCUUUGUCCAUUUAUUUAAUUUCUUUAUAAGAUGCGUAAAUUUAUAGUGAUGUUGUAGUUCCAA